UCUCUACUAAACAUACAUCUCUCUCUCCCCCUCCCUCUAUAGAAUACAACAUAUGAGAAGAUCGAGCAGAACUAGUCAUAUUCCAACAUCUUCAAUCUUUAAAUAGCUCUACUACACCUUGAUCAUCGAUCUCUUCCUCGAUAUCGAUUCCUCCAUGGACUCCAUCUUCCUCCUCAGCCCCGAAGCUCGCUCGCACAUUCUCCAUAACGCUGGGCGUGCUAUCGGUUGCGUGCAUUUGUGCGUGUGGUCAUACAUUCCAUACCCAUCCAAUUGUUUGAUGUGCACCGAUGGAUGGCUGAACGAGGAUGGGUCUCGGAGCUUGUUCGAUUUGUAUCGGGCAUCUUUUUCGAGUGUCGAAAGUGGUGUGCCUGGGUUAGCUUAUAAGGAAGGGAUACCUUAUAUUGAGCUAGCGGGUUCGGAUUUGAACAACUUGGCAUCCUCACAAAUUCAGAGGCAAUUCUACCAGGAAGCUGGAGUUAAGAAAGCAGUAUUUAUGGGAUGCAAGAAUGGAGAAAUCGAAUUAGGGAUGUCCAACAUGAGCAGUAUCAGCAUGCAACUGAUCCAACAACUCCUCAACGAAGACGUAAACCUCUCCCAAAUCCCUGCAGACCAAAAUCACCCGUCAUCGUCUUCAUCCUCUCUCCGGUCCCUAUCAGCCGUCAGCAGUCCUGAAUACUCCUCUCUUCUCCCAGUUCCAACGAUAUCAUAUACUCAUCGCCGAAAUGCCCAGUUCCCAACCGCCGCGACUGACGAGGCGGCGAUAAUGAGAGCAAUGCUCACCGUGAUCUCCUCCUCUGCUCCCUCCUCUUCUUGCUCCUCCUCCUCUUCAUGGACCAGGCCCGUGGGAGCGUUCAGGCCCUACGAUCACGGGCUAAUCAUCGGGCAGAACUACGGUGAGCCCAGGCCCGGAAUGGGAGGUCACAGGAUGAUUAAGACUUGCAUUGCUGUGCUGAGAAGGAUGAAUUUGAUGAGCGCUGAAGCGAGAAUGCAGGGGUCGAGGCCGCCGACGAGUAACCAGUUGCAUCAUAUGAUAUCAGAGCGCAAGAGGAGGGAGAAGCUUAAUGAGAGCUUUCACGCGCUUAGGAUGCUACUUCCUCCGGGGGCAAAGAAGGACAAGGCAUCCGUACUCUUCAAUACACGAGACUAUUUGAACAACUUAAAGUUGCAAGUUUCUGAGAUGGAGGAGAGGAACCGAAUGCUCGAGUCGCAACUUACGCGGGAAGACGAGAUCGAAGAAGACAAUGGCGCGAGUAAUGAGAGGGUAGAUGUUCAAAUUGCACGGGCACUCGAAUCUUCGUCGCUCGUGCAACGGGUGGCUCUCAGAAUAACGGUUAGGGUUGAAUGUGACAUGGCCGAUCUGCUUCUUCGUGCUCUUGAAUGUUUGAAGGAGAUGGGAGGUCUCACUCUUGUGUCAGUGAAUGCAAACACGUUUUCUCAACAGAUGGGUGUGUUUGCGAGAUUGAACAUUUCUCUACAAGUUGAGGCGAGCGACUGGGACGAGCAGGCGUUCAAGGAGGCCGUGACCAGAGCUGUGACUGACUUGAUUACGACGAGGCCAGAGGCCGGGAAUCGAUAGUUCAAGUGGGCCCACAAAUUAAACGGUGACUAAUAUUUCCUUACUUUUUUGGGUAAAUUGCAGACAGCACACCUCUCUUGCACGUACGUACGUCCAACGUCAUCGACAUUCAACUAUUUUCGCAGCAAGUAUCAUCCACGGAUUCACGUUUUGAGAAAUUAUAUUACUGAUGAUCCCCUCUUUUGACUUAUGAUGGAUGAUGAGUACGACUAAAAAUAUAGGCAAGAGAUCAUCACCUUAAAUGCUUGAUGUGAGCAGGGGGGGUCCACGAAGAUCAAGACUUUGCACGAGGGUGCAAGUUUUGUAAUGAUAUAUCUACCUUUUAAGGGUCUUGUUUUCUUCUUGAUAUAAAAAUAUGUGCUGUUUAUAUCAUUUAAGUUUUUUAGUUUUGAGUCUAGAGACGGCGGUUUUGACCGA